CAAUAAAAAUUCAAGAUUUACUCCUUAUGUUCCUUUUCCCGAAGCCCAAGAAAAAUCCGAAACUCUUGAUACCGAAGAAUACAUAUCACUUUAUGAAUCUGCCAAUAAUAUGAAAGAUAAUGUUAUGGGUCACAUACAAAAUUUUAUUGGACGUAAUAGAGGUAAUGAACGUAGGGAUGAAAUUAAAAAAACUACUAUCCUAGAAAAAGUAUUAGGCGCAAUACCAAGUCUUAAACAAUGGAGUGAUGAAUUAUUUGAAGAAAUUUUAUUAGAAUUUGAAAGAUCAAAAGAUGUUAGACGUGCAAGUACGGACAUGGGAGUUCAAAUAUUGAAAUUUCGUUCGGCGAUACGGAAAUUUGUUGAGAAUGUAUGGAAUGAUAGAAUUGAUCGAUGUAAAAGGGAUACAUUAAAACAGGCUUAUGUAGAGGGAGGGAGGGAAGCAGUCGAAAAAACACUUAAAGCAUCAUUUUUAGAAUUUUCUCAAGAAUAUAUGUCAGAUGCAGAUAAAGAGAGAUUCAAUUCUCUAAAGCAAUUAAGUGAUUUGAGUUUUCCAGCAGAGUGGCAUCCUGCUGCAAGAACUAUGCAACGUAAAAUAAUAUGUCACGUUGGUCCUACGAAUUCAGGGAAAACUUAUAAUGCACUUAAAUGUUUAGAAACUGCCAAUUCUGGAUUAUAUUGUGGACCUCUGAGAUUAUUGGCUCAUGAAGUUUUUGAACGUUUUAAUAAUAAAGGAAUUCCUUGUAAUCUUGUGACCGGAGAAGAAAGAAGAGAGUUGGAAGGGGUUGUAGUACCUUUAACAUCUUCCACUAUUGAAAUGGCUAACUUACAAAGACAAGUUGAUGUAGCUGUAAUUGAUGAAAUUCAAAUGAUUAGUGAUUCUCAAAGAGGGUGGGCAUGGACUCAAGCAUUAUUUGGUUUGCAAGCGAAAGAAAUUCAUUUGUGUGGUGAAGCUUCAGCAGUUCCACUUGUUCGAACAAUUUGUGAAAGUAUUAAUGAGGAAGUAGAAGUAAGAGAAUAUCAACGUCUUUCAAAACUUGUAAUUAACGAAAAUUCUUUAAAUGGAGAUCUUAAGAAAAUUGAAAAAGGGGAUUGUGUUGUUACUUUUUCUCGAAAAGCUAUUUUCAGUUUGAAACAUGAGAUUGAAGAAGCUACCGGACUUCGUUGUGCUGUUGCUUACGGUGGUUUACCACCAGAGACAAGAGCACAACAAGCCAAAUUAUUUAAUGAUCCUGAAAGUGGAUUUGAUGUAUUGGUUGCUAGUGAUGCAGUUGGAAUGGGAUUAAAUUUGAAUAUUAAACGGGUAGUCUUUGAAACUGUUAAAAAAUAUGAUGGAGUAAGUGUAAAAUAUGUUCCUGUUCCUCAAAUAAAACAAAUUGGUGGAAGAGCUGGUCGAUUUGGUACUAUAAAUCCUGUUGGUUAUGUGACUGCGUUAGAACCUAUGGAUUUAAGAUAUGUACAUCAAGCAAUGGCUGCUCCUAUUAAGAAUUUAGAGAUGGCAGGAUUACAACCAACCAUGGAGAUGGUAGAACUCUUUGCACAUCAAUUGCCAGAUGUGAAAGAAUUUUCAUCUCUCUUGGAAAAAUUUGAAGAUUUAGCUCGUGUCGAUGGUCAAUACUUUUUAUGCAAUUUUCAUUCCCAAAAGCUCGUGGCAAAUUCAAUUGAACAUAUACCAAUGACUAUUCCCGAACGAUUUAGUUUUGUGACCGGACCUGUAAACACAUCCGAUGUACGUCUUAUGAAGAAUAUUCAAAAGUUUGCAAUGAUGCACAAUCAAUCCAGACCUUGUAAAAUUGAUGAAGUUGUGAAACUUCCAGCAAAGGUUCCUCAUAAUGAUGAUAUGCUUAGUGAAAUGGAAUCAAUUCAUCGAACACUUAUGUUGUAUUUAUGGUUAAGUUACCGAUUUCAAGAAACCUUUGUUGAUGUUGAAAAGGCUCGUGAAUUAAAACUUCGAUGUGAAAAUACUAUUCACGAAUCUCUUCAAACACUUAAAAUACCUAGGAAACGUCCUCGAACCACCACCAAAGAUAUUAGAGCAAUAAGUAAAUUAGAGGAAAAAAAUAAAACGGAAAGAAAUAAAUCUUUCGAUAAUAAUAAAUCAUUUACUCAACAAAGUUCAUUAAUAUAUUCAAAAAAUAGGGAAAGGGUGAAUCCACAUUUUCGGCAAAAGCCACUUAGAGCAUUUAAUUAA